AUGAGCAGUACGUCACCAGCUAAAUGCAGGGGCAUCUUAGUCAAUAAAAAUGUCAAUUUCAAGAGCAACAUGCUUCUAGAUAAAGGGGCAAACUUUCAAGGAUCGCCUAAAAAGGCUAACUUGGAACAAGAGUCUAUUCCUGUGAAUUUGAAGCUAUCUUCAGCUUCAUCAGAUAUUACGCUAUCUAAUGGUUUUGUAUUCUACGAGGAAACCAUGGAAGAACGUGCGACGAUAUUGAUGAACCAAAUUUCACUAUCUAAAAGGCAGGUCCAAGAUGAGAAUGACUAUGAACGCAUGAAAGAAAAUAUAUCUCAAGAGUUAAAUGGCAAGAAAGUGAAAAAAGCUAGGCGAAGAUUUAAGAAACAAGCAUUGAGGGACUUAAGCAUAGAUGAAUACGCUGGCUAUAUUCAAUAUAGUAAUUCUAAUACGACUUCCCAACUUACAUUGCAUAUGGGCUAUCCAACAAAAAUACCCUGUUUCAUUACGCCACCUAGGAAUGGCCAUAUAAAAGAGUUCUUCAGUGCAAAUGAUUGCCACAAGAAUAAGAGGCAUAUAAUAACCUCACAGACAGCAGAAGAUAUCUGUAAGGAAAAGGUGGUUAAGAAGCUAGCGUUUCUGAUACACCAAAACUCAAACUGA